ACCCCCACCUCGGAAACACCAAUGGAACGAGCCCGUUUGCUGGUUCCAUAAUCACUCAUCACUCUCCGAGAUCUCACUUUCCAUAAGCCAACUAACCCCUUUCAAUUCAAAACCCUCAUUUUUGUUAAUCUCUUUCUUCAUUUCACAUACACACACACGUAUUUUUCUUCUUAUUCUUAUCGUUGAUUUUCUUCUUUCUUCAUCGAUCGGGGGAAAAUGGGGGAUAAUCAGCCGGAAGAAGAGAGAACCACCGAUAGCAGCGAUUUUACGUCGGAGGAUGAGGGAACGGAGGACUACCGGCGCGGCGGCUACCACGCCGUAAGAAUCGGCGACACCUUCAAGAAUGGCCGCUACGUCGUUCAGAGCAAGCUUGGUUGGGGACACUUCUCCACUGUCUGGCUCGCUUGGGACACCCAAAGCUCUAACUAUGUAGCUCUGAAGGUUCAAAAGAGUGCUCAGCAUUACACUGAGGCGGCAAUGGAUGAGAUAACAAUUUUGCAACAGAUUGCGGAGGGUGACCCAGAGGAUAAGAAAUGUGUGGUGAAGCUUUUGGACCAUUUCAAGCAUUCUGGUCCGAAUGGACAGCAUGUCUGCAUGGUCUUUGAAUACCUUGGCGAUAAUCUAUUAACUCUUAUAAAGUAUUCUGAUUACCGCGGGAUGCCUAUUAGUAGGGUUAAAGAGAUAUGCUUUCAUAUUUUGGUUGGAUUGGAUUACUUACAUAAGCAGCUUUCUAUUAUACAUACUGACUUGAAACCCGAAAACAUCCUUCUCUUAUCAAUGAUAGAUCCAUCUAAAGAUCCUAGAAAGUCUGGCACUCCUCUCAUUCUUCCAAAUAGUAAAGAUAAGACAGUGCUAGAGUCUGGAGGUGCAAAAGACCUGAAAACAUCAAAUGGGGAUUUGCUCAAGAAUCAUAAGAAAAAAAUUAAAAGAAAAGCUAAGCGGGCAGCACACGGAUGUGUGGAGAAGGAAGCUUCAGAAGGAGUUGAUGGUAAUCCUGAAACCUCUGGUGCCAUAGAAUCGUCUCCAAAUGCAAGUUCUGCAAAAGAACAAGCUUCCAGUUCUACAGGCACCCAUCGGUUAUCAGAUGCUGAUGGAACAAAGUCAAAAGAACAGAGUGGUAAAAGGGGAAGCCGUUCAAUGAGACAAAAGCUGCUGGCAUCAGCUGAUCUGAAGUGCAAGUUAGUUGACUUUGGUAAUGCUUGCUGGACAUAUAAACAGUUUACAAAUGAUAUCCAGACAAGACAAUAUCGGUGUCCAGAGGUGAUCCUUGGGUCGAAGUAUUCUACCUCUGCAGAUCUUUGGUCCUUUGCUUGCAUUUGUUUCGAGCUUGCCACGGGAGAUGUUCUAUUUGAUCCUCACAGUGGUGACAACUUCGAUCGGGAUGAGGACCACUUGGCAUUAAUGAUGGAACUUCUUGGAAUGAUGCCGCGGAAGAUUGCAUUAGGAGGCCGUUAUUCUCGCGAUUUCUUUAAUAGAUAUGGGGAUCUAAGGCAUAUCAGGCGAUUACGGUUCUGGCCCUUGAACAAGGUUCUCAUGGAGAAGUAUGACUUUAGCGAGCGAGAUGCAAAUGACAUUACUGAGUUUCUGGUUCCGAUUCUAGACUUUGUUCCCGAGAAACGGCCAACUGCUGGGCAGUGCCUUCAACAUCCGUGGAUCAAUGCUGGUCCACGGCUUUUGGAGCCAUCCGUCACCUCUUCUGAUCACAUCCCGCCUGGAGCCAAUGCUGGCAUUUCUGACCAAAAGAAAAAGGACAAAGAUGAAAGGGAGGCCAUGGAGGCUGGAAUGGGAAACAUAGCAAUCAACACUGAUACCAAAUCAGUCAUGGCUUCCCCAUCUAAGAAACUCUUCCAAGGAAGCCAUAGCCACAAGUAGUUCAUCCAUAGCUAGAUCCCUGAUAUGCAACCGGUUUCUAUGAAAUACUUGCAUGCUUCUGGAGCACAUUUAAGACAGAGACGCGCUCCUCGGUCGCUCAAUGUUGUUGCGAGGGGCCAUUGAUUGGUUUUCAAAUUGGAUCCAGGCAAAAUACAAACUAGUCCCUGCAAGUGUUCUACACAGCUCAGUGUUUUAGACAAAGGUGGAUUAAAAAGGUCAACAUUUAUGAUAUAGAAUCAAGGGUCUUACCUUUGUUCUUUGUUACCAUUGACUUGUUUGUGAACAGUGUUCAUUCUCAUGUCAUCUUGUACUGAUUGAUAUUCUGGAUAUUAAAACAUUAUAGACCAUGUUUAUUCUUUAA